AGUUGCUCCGAAUUCCUCGGAUGCAAUGUAAGAAAUCAAGAAAUUCUUAUUAUGUAAGAAAAAAAGGAAAAAAAAUGAAAUUGGAAAAUAGAAAAGGAAAAAGAAAUCAAGAAGGAAACAAGAGAGAGAAGAUUGAUGAAUUGCAAAUUCACCAUCCAACAACAUAAUCCCCAUAUUCUUAAUCUCCUCUCUCUCUCUCUCUCAUGGGGGAUUGUUCUUCUGAGAGAAGAUCAGGAUGUGGCUUACUUGGCGCAGUAUUUGGUGGCAAAACUCUAAGGCCAAGAAAAUCACCUUCUCCAACACCUGUUCAAACAUCCAAAAUCCAAAAGGCUAAUGCUGACCAUGAUUCUGCCGAUUCAUCUAACCUUCAAAAUGAUGAUAAACAAGGAGACAGAGUCAUAUCCCGGCCCGGCCCGAACCACAAACCUCAGCCCCUUCGCCAGCAGCAUCCGGGCCCGAGUGCCAAUCCCAAAAAUGCAGAGGGCCAAGGCCAGGCCCAAAAGGUGCCGCUGCCCGGGAUGGGCCUUUCCGGGGAGCUGGACACCAUGAUCAGGGAUCAUCAGAGAUCAAAAGGGGCUGGAAAUCUAGUGAGGGCGUCGUCGAGUAACGUGAUGCUGCAUAGCAACUUGGGGAAUUUGAGGCAGCCCGGUGAUGGUCAUGCGAGAAAUGAGCAGCCAUUUCCAAUCAAUGGAAACGUGGCCAAGAGAAGCGAAGGGCCCGAAAAGCCCGAUGUGUUUUGUCGGGCCCUGUCGACACGGAUGGACCCGGAGCAUCUCAAGAUUUUAGGCAAUGAGGAUUACAAGAAUGGGAGGUUUGCAGAGGCUUUGUCUCUCUAUGAAGCAGCCAUCUCCGUUGAUCCCAAUAAAGCCUCUUACCGGAGCAACAAAAGCGCGGCGCUCACCGCCAUGGGAAAGCUUCUAGAAGCUGCAUUCGAGUGCAGGGAAGCUAUUCGGAUUGAUCCCUUUUACCAACGAGCUCACAACAGAUUAGCAACCCUUUAUGUUAGAUUAGGAGAGCCAGAAAAAGGGUUGUAUCAUUUCGAACAGGCCGGGCCCGACGCCGAUCCUGAUGCCAUGAACAUGGCUGCAAAGGUUCAAAACCACUUGAACAAGUGCACCGAGGCAAAGAGGCAACGCGACUGGGCUGCGUUGCUCAAGGAAAUCGCCUUGGUUACAAGCGCCGGUGUUGAUUCUGCACCCUUGAUUUUUGCUUUGAAAGCUGAGGCGUUGUUAAAGCUCAACAGGCAUCAAGAAGCGAUCCAAGCUAUGGCCGACGGCCCGAAUUAUGACACCGACGAAUGCAUAAAGUUCUUCGGCCCUAUUGCAAGCGCAAGCCUCUUAGUUAUGCGAGCUCAAGUUGCUGUGGCAGAUGGGAGGUUCGAUGAUGGUUGCGCUGCAGCAGAGCGCGCGUGCAGGCUCGACUCCAACAACAAAGAAGCAAGCAGCGUGAUGAGGAGGGCGCAGGCAUUGGGCGCCGCCAGAUCAAAUGGCAACAAACAUUUUAAGGCAGGGCGGUACGAGGAGGCGCGUGCCGCUUAUGGAGAAGGGCUCGAGCAUGCCCCCAACAAUGCGUUGCUUCUCUGCAACAGAGCUGCUUGUCACGCCAAACUCAAUCACUACCAGAAAGCAGUGGAGGAUUGCAAUGCUGCACUCACCAUUCGACCAAAUUAUAGCAAAGCAAGACUACGAAGAGCUGACUCUUAUGCUAAGAUGGGAAAUUGGGGAGCGUGUUUGCAAGAUUGCCAAGUGUUGGUAAGAGAGAAUCCCAACGACGGAGAUGCGGCACGGCUGUUGGAUGAGGCGAAGGCGCGGCUGAAAUAGAAUUGACAGUGGAAACAAAAUGUCGUAGAUUUUCUUCAUGGAAUCAAAUAUGCAGUAUUUACAGAGGGAUCAUCUCCUACUUCA